CAUGGCGUCGGAAGAAGAAACUCUGUACUGUUCAUGUAGACAGCCCUACGACGAAACCAAAUUUAUGAUAGAAUGCGACGUUUGCAAAGAGUGGUUCCAUGGCAGCUGUGUGGGAGUUCAGGAACAUCAGGCUUCGGAUAUAGAAAUUUACCAUUGUCCAUCAUGUCAGAUGAUGAAUGGACCUUUAGUUCUAAAAAAGAGAAGAAACUGGCAUCGGCAUGAUUAUUCAGAGGAUGACCCAAAUAAGCAAAAUGUACAGACGGGCACAGUUGUAUUUAUUAAAGAAUUGAAAAAUCGAAUGUUUCCAUGUGCAGAUGAAAUACCAUUGUUGAGGCUUCAUGGGUUCGAAUUGACCUCAGACUUUGUGGAUAAACAUGGCUUUGACACUCCAGUGCUUGUAGAAAAGAAGGAUGGCCUUGGAUUGUCGCUUCCUCCCUCCAACUUUAGUAUUCAAGAUGUAGAGUUCUAUGUGGGCUCGAUGAGAGAAAUUGAUGUGAUAGAUGUGUCAAGGCAGGAAGAUUACAAGAUGUUAAUGAGAGAAUGGACAGAGUAUUACAACAGCCCAAAUCGGACCAAGAUCUUCAACGUCAUCAGUUUAGAAUUCUCAAACACCAGGUUGUCAGAGCUGGUGGUGCCACCGUCAGUGAUUCGAGAGCUGAGCUGGGCUAACAACAUUUGGCCUGACCAGCUGCCAGAGGACUGUCCUUAUUCCAAACCAGAGGUGCAGAAAUACUGUUUAAUGGGUGUCAAGGACAGCUUUACAGAUUUUCACAUAGACUUCGGUGGCACAUCAGUCUGGUACCAUGUACUUCGUGGUGAAAAGGUGUUUUACCUUAUUCGUCCAACACCUGCAAAUAUGGCCUUAUAUGAAAACUGGAUCUCCUCAUCAAAUCAGAGUGAAACCUUCUUUGGAGAUCAGGUGGACCGGUGCUACAAGUGUGUUGUUAAACAGGGACAGACAUUUUUCAUACCCACAGGAUGGAUACAUGCAGUGUUCACCCCCAUUGAUUCUCUAGUCUUCGGAGGAAAUUUCCUUCACAGCUACAAUAUAGCCUUGCAGCUCAAGGUGUAUGACAUUGAACGCAGAGUCAAAACCCCUGAGAAAUAUUUGUUCCCAAGCUUUGAGACGAUAUGCUGGUAUGCAGCUAAGCAUAUUUUAGAUCUGUUGAAAGACCAUCUGGAAGAUGGCAAGAAACCCCGUCCAUAUCUGUUAGAGGGAGGGAAAGCUAUUGCAGCUUCCCUGAAGUCUUGGACACAAAGAAAAGAUUUGAAUUCCCAGACACUCUUUUUGAAAACUGCCAAACAUGAGAUGCCUGAGCACAUACAGUAUGGGAAGCUUCUCAAGGAGCUAAACAAGGUGACCAAAGAGAUCGAUGCAUUGCACAAUAAAUCCCCAGCAAAGAAGCCUGAAAGAAAACGUAAAAAAAAGGUGAACCCAUCAGCAAAGGAGUUGGCAAAGUUAGACGUUCUGCACCAACAUACACAAGUUAAGCUUCAGGAACUGCAGGAAGAACAUGCAUCUGUCACCUCCAAGAAGGUACAAAAGAAAUCUAAAUCUAAGAAGAAGUCACCUGCUUCGUCCUUGCGUAUGAGGAUCCCGAAAGCUGGAGCAUACUUGGACUCCACAUUGAAGACUGAUCCGGGUGACCCUUAUGCCUUACCAGAUGAUCCCUAUGCUUUACCUGAUGAUGAUGAGAACCAAAACAACAACAAUCAGGAAUCUUGCCUGAAGCUGAAAGUGUCAAAUGGCAAGAUUAUAAGUCAAGAUAAAACAAAGCCCAUUUACAGUCCACCGGGAGCAUUUCAGCCAUUGAUUGAAAGUGAAAAACCAAAAGUUGAUGUCAAGGACACAAAGAAAGCCAAAGUGAAGAAAAAGGCAGAAAAACCUAGUGCUGUACCAAAAAUUGAGAUUAAUGAAGUGAAAGAGAAAGAAGACAUGGACAGUGACAAUGAUAACUUAGUUGUGGAUGAAAAUCCAAAACUUCGACAAAGCCGAGAAAAAACCUCCAGCUCUUUGAAGAAGCCUGGGUCCCUGAAACUGAAAUUGUCAUUUCAUGGGAAACCAAUAGGAACUUCUGGUGGAGAUCCAGAGACAGGUUCUAAAGUGGCUGGGGAAGAUUCAGCUCUACUAUCACCUGAAGCUCCCCCAUCAGAGCAAGUGGCACGGUUGAGCAUGCCUACAAUACGUGGUGGACUUAAUGGGAGUAUAGCAGAUAUUCUCGAGGCCAGUGGCUAUGGCACAGAGACAGACUUUAAGGUUGAUGAUGAAAUAGGUCGUGGCCAGUCACCAAGCAUGAGGGAUGCUAUCCAGGGCAUGUUAUCUAUGAGUAGGAUGAAUGCCGAAGGGGAUUCCCUAUUUAAAGAUGAUGGGAAGAGAAGUGAGAUGAUAGCUCGAGAAGAGGAGAAAAUGCAGUCCUACUAUAAAGAUGAUGAGUUUGUAUACCCAAGCUUUGAGAUGUCAGAUGAUGAAGAUGAUCGCAAUCUCAAACCAAGGGGAAAAUCUAGUCGAGAUGAGACCUGGAACCCAAAAGCCCGAGUGCAUAUGCUGCCUACUCCAAAGCGUGACUGUCCAGCUAGGGAAGGGGCAAGGCGCGAGUCAGUAGAGAGCGGGUUGGCUGCUGCUGCCGCAAAGUUAGCCACAGCUCCGAAGCCAAAGCGACAGUACGUGCGUAAAAAGCCUAAACCAGAGAAGUUGCCUAUAUCAUCAUUAGCAAUACCUGAUGCAGUACAUCAACCUCAACCAGGUACUUCCACAAACUCAGGAGUAUUAAACUUUGAAGGCAGUGGAGAUCCUUCACAACAGGGAUUGAAACGACCUGCUGGUACAUUAUUAGAAAGUCCAAAUAAAGCCAAAAAGCCCAAGAAGGGUCAUGCUACAGCCAAACAGCGCCUUGGGAAGAUCUUAAAAAUACAUAAAAUGAUGUUUUAACGACUCACAGUAAUGCACAUCACCUUUCACAUUUUUUAUGUCAGCAUCUCAUGAUUCAACUUAAUGCUUAUAAGGUCUUAAAAAAACUGUUUCAUAGUUUUGUAUACCUCCAUAGCCAUUGUCAGGGCAUCUGUUACAUCCUCCUACACAAAGCUGAUUCUGUUUUACCUGUCUGUAUAUUUUCUUUCAUCUCUUUUAGCAAAUGUGUUAAACACUUACACAAAAGAUACCUUAUUUUGUGAAGCCACGGUUUUCAUUUCCAUUUUCUUUUUUCUUUUAACUUUUUUUUCCUAAGCAAUCUCUUUUAAUCUGCAUUGUGUCUGAAGCUGAAUUCUUGAAAGACAUUCAGCGUAGAUCAUUUAUGCAGACGAACUUCAAUUACAUCACAUAUGUUUGCAUUCAUCACAUCUUGCUCCAUGUCUCUUUUAAUGACCAUGGUGAAGUAAAUGCAAUAUCCAACCCUUCCAUGAAA